CCCACUUCGUCCUAGUUUUCUCCCGUUUCCAUUAUUGGCUGUUUUCCCUAUUAAGAUAGCAGGAGCUGAAAACACACUAAACCAGAGAGCUCUACUAUAUCUAUGACAGUGUGGUGACAUCUCUCUCUCUCUCGUCGUCUAGAGCUUUCAGUUUGAGGGUUGGUGUGUGUUUCGGGUCCUGAAUGGAUGCAAUGGGAAAAACCAGAUCGGUUCUUACAUUGACAGGAAGAUUCAUAAACGAGGCUGUUAGCUUCUUCGUCUUCUCCAUUCUCGACCUCGUCGAUUUCCUCCUGUGUUUUCUCUACAAAGUUGCGGACCUUUUCUUUGAAGCCGAAUGGAAGCCUUGCUACUGUUCAUCUUCCAAAGAGGUCAUUACGAACAGCGGCAAGAUCUUGGUCUCAGAGCAGGGCGAGUCGAAAAUCGUCUGCCUUAGCUCGACGAAGCUACAGCUCGAGGAGAUCUCAGAUACACUCUACACUCGCCCUUCGCUCUUGUCCGAGGUCUCCAAGAUGACUACGAGGGAGACCAAGAGAGGUUCCGCCGUUCGAUCCUCGUUCACGGUCAACUCCACCAUCGUCGAAAUGCUUCAGGGAAAGAUCGGCGGCCAAAUAUGCCAUCCUAUCUCGAGGUGGUCGGAUUGUGACUGUAAAUUCUGCACUUCUUGGACCUCUUCUUGCAAAGAAACCCUCUACGUUCGAGCUGAAGGACCCAAAGAUCAUGAUGCACGAGAGGAUGUGCUAUUCAUUCAUGGGUUUAUUUCAUCAUCGGCAUUCUGGACGGAGACGGUGUUCCCGAACUUGUCAAGCGCUGCAAAAUCAAAUUUUAGGUUUUUUGCUAUUGAUCUUUUGGGGUUUGGAAGGAGUCCAAAGCCAGCCGACUCUAUGUACACCCUCAGAGAACACUUAGAAAUGAUCGAGCAGUCCGUGCUUGAGCCUCAUAAAGUUAAAUCCUUCCACAUUGUUGCUCAUUCAUUAGGCUGCAUUUUGGCCCUUGCCCUUGCCGUUAAGCACCCCAACUCUAUCAAAUCCCUCACCUUACUCGCCCCGCCAUACUUCCCUGUACCAAAAGGGGUACAAGCAACACAACAUGUGAUGAGGAUGGUAGCGCCGAGGCGUGUUUGGCCCGUGAUUGGCUUCGGUGCGUCCAUUGCGUGCUGGUACGAGCACAUCUCACGGACGAUCUGCCUUCUCAUUUGCAAGAACCACCGUUUUAUUGAGUUUGUUGCCAAAUUUGUGACUAGAAACAGGAUGAGAACGUUUUUGCUUGAAGGGUUCUUCUGCCACACACACAACGCAGCAUGGCACACUCUGCACAACAUAAUAUGCGGCACUGCGGGCAAGAUGGACGUCUACUUAGACACUGUUCGAGACCAACUAAAAUGCGAUGUCAAUGUGUUCCAUGGCAGAGAUGAUGAGCUUAUCCCAGUUGAAUGCAGCUACAAUGUGCAAUCGAGGGUUCCUCGGGCUCGCGUUAAGGUGAUUGAGAAGAAAGAUCACAUCACGAUUGUCGUUGGGAGACAGAAGGCUUUCACUAGAGAGCUGGAGGCGAUUUGGAACAAUUCAUAACCGUACCAAGUGCAUGGUUAAGAAUAUACAGAAAUUGAAAAGAGAUAUCUUUUACGAUAUAUUUUCGAUCUUGAGGCGUUGGUUGAUCGAGUAUGUAUGAAUGUAUGUAUGUAUGUGAUGCUUUUUCUUUUCCAAGAUAUUAGACAGGCUAGGGAUAAAAGCAGUGAGAAUUCAAAAUCUGAUCAUCAAGAACUGGGAGACUAAAUGUCUUCCUCUUCGACGUACUUCAAGGAAGUCUCAGUGAGGAUCGACUCAGCAAGCUAGAGGGCUCAGCCUUGUGAAAAUGACUACCCUAGUAGUGUAUUGUUGGGUAACAAUAUGCCCUAAAGUUUAAGACCUAAGUCAUAAAAAUGUCAAGUGUUCUUUUCUUUGGGUCCAGAUAAAACUUCAAGAAGAUAAAAGAUUACAUUUAGUACA